AGCCCCGCCUUCCCCUAUAUAGAUAGAAUUUGUUUAUACAUUUUAGUUUUCAUUCUUUUUGCAUUUUAGCGCAUCUAUUCUGCAAUAAAGUCAUCAAAGUUACUAUAUAAUAAUGGAAAAGGACAAGUGGAUAGUACUGGAAUUAUUUAGUGGCAUCGGAGGAAUGCACCGGGCUCUUGAAGAAGCUAAGGUUGAUUUCACAGUGGUGGCAGCUGUGGACAUUAAUACCAUUGCUAAUGAUGUCUACCAGGAAAAUUAUCCUGAAACAUCCGUUUGGAACAGGAAUAUCCAAUCAAUUAGGCAGGAAGAAAUUGAUUGCCUGGGUGUGAAUACAAUCCUCAUGUCACCACCAUGCCAACCCUUUACGAGAGUGGGUAAAAAGCAAGAUCUAGGUGAUAGGCGAACAGAUGGUUUCAUCGCAGUUUGCGAGAAGCUUAUAAGUUCUCCAAAAGUUGAGAGAGUUCUCAUGGAGAAUGUGAAGGGAUUUGAAACUUCCUGCGCACGAGAAAUGUUCAUAGAAAAACUGCAGGAAUUAGGAUUUCAUUGUAGAGAGUUUCUUCUCUCCCCACAUUCUGUUGGCAUUCCAAAUUCUCGAACACGAUAUUACUGCAUCGCCAGAAGACAGAGCUUUCUUGGCCUCAUCAAUGAAGAGAUCACAACAGAAUUACCCGGAGAUCCUGGUAUGAGAGAUUUGGUGGAUUUUAUUGAUUCAAAUGCAGGAGAAGAAUAUAAACUUCCUGUGGAGAGCAUUGGAAAGAAUUGCUGGGUCCUGGAUAUUGUAACGCCUACGUCGAAAAACUCAAUGUGCUUCACAAAAGCAUACACGCAUCUACUUCGAGGAACAGGUUCAGUUUUUUGUCCAAAAACUGACGAAGAAGUCCGGAAUACAUUUGAGUGUUUAAGUAAACUUCCACCGGAGAGGGAAGAGUACAAAAAGCUUUUGGAAAGUCUGGAGAUGAGAUUUUUCACUCCGAAUGAAGUAGCUGAGCUCAUGGGAUUUAAGGGAGGCAUCAAGUGGCCAGACAAUGUAUCAAAUCGACAAAAGUACAAACUUCUGGGCAACAGUCUCAAUGUUUCCGUCGUACAGGUGCUCAUCAAUCUUCUGGCCAUGUAGCUGUUAAUCUGUGAUAAUAAAGAUUUUUGAAGAUAAA